AACGUGGUUCCGGAGGAACCGUUUCAUUGGAGCGACAGUACCCGUUGUGAACGAACGCAAGAUGGCGUACGCUUUCCUGCUCUUCGCCGUUCUCGUUGCCUCUGCUUCGGCAGCUGCUACAAAGAACGUCCCUAACAAGAAUCACCCAUCAACCGAUGGAGAUCUAUCACUUCUCAAUCCAACAUCUGUUAAUGGAACCAACUUGUAUGAGACUGACAUCCUGCUGACGGACGAGCAACAUCUGCAAAUCAUUGGCAAGAAAGCCAUCAGCAACUUAGCUGCCCGUUGGCCCACUGCUGCCAACGGAUUCAUUGAUGUACCCUACAGAUUCGGUGACGCUAACGUCGACCAGACAGCCGUGGCAGCUGGCAUAGCCCACUGGGAGGCAAACACUUGCAUCAGAUUCCGCCUAGACGAGAGCCAGACUUCCCCGCAUAUCAAAUUCAUCCUGGGGUCUGGCUGUUGGUCUUACAUUGGCAGGAUCAACAGCAAUACUGGACAGGACCUUUCUAUUGGGACUGGCUGUACAGGGUUGGGAACUGUGGCCCACGAGAUCGGCCAUUCCAUGGGAUUCUACCACGAGCAGUCAAGGAGUGACCGAGACUCGAGCGUCAAGAUCCUGUUGGAAAACAUCAUCGCAGGCAAGGAAAGCAACUUCAACCCAUAUGCCGACAAUAACUACUCCGUGCCCUAUGACUACCUGUCUGACAUGCACUACAGUUCGAAGGCAUUUAGCAGCAACGGUAAACUGACGAUAGCAACAGUGGAUCCCAUGAAUCAAGAACUGAUAGGCGCCAGAAGCGGGCUCAGCCACAUGGACUUGCUAUUGGCCAACAAAAUGUACCCCUGCAUAGAAAAGUGGUUGAAGGACUGCAGCCUGACUUCUGACCCUUGCAUGAACUACGGCUACAUGGGAGCAAACUGCUCAUGUGUCUGUCCCCCAGGAACUACAGGCACUAACUGCGAAACGGUCGAAAAGACUUAUUUUGACACUAAACGCUUCGGCUGCUCAGAGAUCAUUCAUCCGAUGCUAAUCCUGUUACCUCUCCUAACUACCCAAUGGAUACAUAUCAACCAGGAGUUUUUUCGCUUUGCAGACGUGAAAUGUACAAAGGCGAUCGAAGCGCCGGCGUGCCAUAAAGUUCAGCUCACCUUCACGGACUUCCAGAUCUACGGCAGGAACGCCUACUGCAACAAUGCAAUGUGCUGCUACUUCGAGAUUUUGGAGAUCAGGACGAACGACACUUUCAGGGGAGAUAUAUACUGUGACACGGACAUUGCUCCAGGAACGGUUUUCGAAUCUGCCGGAAACAAGAUGAUACUCUACUUCGAAUCUCGAUCAUAUUGGCUCAAGGGAUGGUCUGCCAACAUCAAGUUCAUACCCAUAGUUGGAUGUGAUCCCACUUCAACUCCUACUUGUACUCAGAAUGUGCUCAGUGCCACAGAAUUACAAUGGACUUCUCCCCUCUUUGGACAAGGCAAUUAUCCUGAUGCUUCGAAUUGUUCUAUCAGUCUAAGUACUACUGUGCCAGCAUGGGCUAAAAUCACCGUCAACAGCUUCGCAUUAGAAACUGGGUGUAGUGAUUAUGUCACCUUCACAAAACCUUACAACUUUGGACCAUUACAACUCUGUGAUACCCAAACAGGAAGUAUAAUGCUUCCCUCAUACAACACUGCUGGAACAUUCUUGAGCAGCGCCACCAAAAACGCAGCUGGUUUCGACCUGACCAUUACAAAAAUGACCUCUAGCUGUCACAAGGUUAUCACCCUCACUAGUGGUGGCAGCGCUACUCUAACAGCUCCCACUUCCGGUAACCAAGUCUGGACAACCAAGGCUUGUGAAUGGUGGAUUGAGUCCCCAGUGGGUACGAAAAUAAAGCUGACGUCUUCAAAGCUGUCAGUGAGGAGCUGCAGUACAGAAGGCGUCCUCAUCAACCCAGAUGGAAAUUCUUCUUACCCAACAGCAACCACCAAUGCUGUCUGUGGGACGUUUGCCGCCAUACAGGCUACAAGUAACAGCAACAAGAUGGCUGUGAUGUUUUACAGCAACAAUGCCAAGAGCAGUAUGUCAGCUAAAGCAACCGUUGUUGCAGCCUAAGAAACAUCACUGUGAAGGAACAGUAUUGGUCCUGCAAGGCUUUCUGCAAUUUAUCAUCAAGGGGCAAUUUAUCAUCAGGGGAUCUCUCAUGCUAAUCUUCCAUGAAAGUGCCUAGAAAGGAAAAUGGUACAUAGGAGCUUAUUUGAUCUUUGUGUUUACUUCAAAAUUAUUAAGUUUUUAAAUCAAGAGUAGAUUACACGAAUCAAUAGAGAAGAACAUUACUUUUAGUUCUUUUUUUUCCAAAAUAAUGAUUUAAUGAAUGAACCAUUUGGUAUGAGGGCCUAGAAUUAAUGUAAUGACUUGAUAAACAAGAAUAACCUUUUGACUUGCAUAUUUUAAGAAAAUAUUAUAGACUUAACUUGUAGAAGGUAUACUAGUGAUUACUUGUAAACUCUUAAUGCAGUGCCAUUACAGGAUUUUUAGAUAUAUAUAUAUAGUAUUUUUGUCAUCACUCACUCAACACUAAAUACUAGGUCAGAGAAGCUGGCUACCAUAAAACUGUACUCCUAUCAACCACAGGUGCAGACUUGGAAUGUUUGUAAAUCGACCAUUAUUUGUUCUAAAACAUUUCCCAAUAAAAAAUGGAACAGCUACAGU